UUUGAAGAAUAAAUAAAUAAAUAUAUAAUGGAGAUAGAAAUGGCAAGCUGUGAGUGUUGUGGGCUGGAAGAAGAGUGCACACAAGACUACAUAAUUGAGGUCAAGUCAAAGUUUGAAGGGAAAUGGCUGUGUGGGCUCUGCUCUGAGGCUGUGAGGGAUGAGCUCAACAGGGUGGCGGUGAUGGGGAAGAAGAAGGUGAAGAACAUGGCGGCCGCCGCCGCCGCCGCGGACUUCGGUUUGCCGGACGCCGUGCGGGCCCACAUGUCCUUCUGCGGCAAAUACAACACAUCCAACCCCGCCUUUCGCGUCGCCGACGGGAUGAUGCAAAUGCUGCGGCGGAGAUCCGCCGCCGCCGCCGCUUCUCCGCCGUCGUCUUUGCCGGCGUCCCCCUCUUCUUCCUCCUCCUCUUCAAAGAAGCUGCUCUCGAGAUCGGCUUCUACAGUCUCCUUUUACUAGCUUCUCUGGGAGUAAGAGAAGCCGAUGUAAAAGUAACGUACUAUAGUCACACCAGGUUUGACAUUAAAAUUUGACACCAUGUGUUUCAUAGACAAUUAUUGUGUGAGUAUAGUAUGUAAUGUUUAUGAAACACAUGGUUUAUCAAACUUUAAUUUCAAACUUGGUAAUAGUUAAGCUAAUACGGAGUAAUUAAGGAAUAAUCAGUGUUCUAAAAAAAAUGAAAAGGGUUUUUCCAAACGGAGGGAGUAAUUGAUUAGAGGAAUGGGUAGGGGUGACUAAUUGGUGUAAUUGGGUUUAGUAAGGAAUUUUUAGAACAUUGCCGCCAUUUUUUUUCUCCUCCGUCUCCAAACGCCAUCCCAUCAUCUUCAACCUACGCCUCUGUUUGCCGCGGAUGAGAACGGGAGGAGAAUCGCUGGAUCUUCGCCGAAGUCUACAUCAAUCAAUUUGGAUCUUCUUCAGAAGUUUCGGAUCUUCACUGUCCAGGUAUCCUAAUUUUAUCAGAUUCAACCUUUUUACACUGAAAUAUAGUAUGCUCUACAUAUAUUGAUAUAUAUAUAUAUGCCAUAUCGUGGAAUCUGACUUGUGUUUGGGUACUAUUAUCCCCUAUUUUUUUUCUCUUCGAAAUGAUUUUUUUUAUGUGAACUGAUUUUGAGGGAGGGAUUGGUUGUGUAUAACCCACGGUUUUUCUUUGAGGAAAUUGCCCUUUAUUUUAAUAAAGGAGGAGUUCUUUUAUUUUACGCCUUUGCAUAUGUUGCUUCUGUUUUGAGGUUGAAUUUGAUUUUAAAUCAAACACAGUAGCUGUUUAAUACGAAGUAUAUCCAAAAUCUCCUCUGAAAUUGAAGGCUGAAUUUUAAAUAUCACAGCCUUGACAAUUCUCAAUACACUUAUACGAAUAAUCAUGAAACUAAAGCAUUUUAAUAGCUGCAAUUUUUUCUCUCUUUCUUUUCGACAUGUGCAACUUUUAAAUCUUAUGUCAUCCUAAAGCCAAAUCAAUAAUCAAAAUACUCCUCAAAUUUUUGAUAAAUUUUCAAAGUGCCAUGCUGAGUAUGUUACUUAAGUGCAGAAACGGUCCACUAUAUUGCUAUAAAUUCUGGGCAAUGACCCCCACUGUUUUUUUUUUCACUGAAAACUUCCAGUAUGUUUUUCAAAGUGCAUUUAUUCCAUGUGUGAUCUAUCUUUUACAUGUGGAUGCUUAAACAUGAUCAUUUUAUUUUGAAUUUGAAUGAAUGAUCACCAAUCCUCAUGAUUUCAUGCAUAUUGUUCAAUUUCAACUUUUGGCAUGCUCCUCUAUAUAUGUCCAGGUCAUUGAUAAUCCAGUAGAUGGAUGGCCUUUAAAUAUACACUAUGUAUCUUUUCAAGAAAAUGAUGGGAUGCAAAGCUAUUUGUAUCAAAAAAAAAAAUUACCCUACACCUUUUUUUCUAACAACACUAAUGAAGGUGUAUAAUUUUUUUAAAUGAGAUAUGACGGUUUUUGGCUGUGAAGAUGUUCAAAGUCUUUUUUUCAAACUAUUGAAAUUUAACAUAGAAAAUCAACAUGAAAGUUAUAUUUUUUUUCUCGAAAGAGAAAAUGAUGAACCAUUAGUUCUUGGUCAUAUACCUAUAAAUCUUAAACGGUUGCAUCUUAAGGUUGUGAUUGUACACAAACAUUAAUACAUGUGUUCAUGUGAAAAAGAAUAAAUAUUUUAUUACUUGAUCUCAAAUGUGAUAAAUACUUUUGUUGAUUCGUGUAUAUGAGAAAUACAAAGUAUAUGACAUAUAAAAGAGGACUUCAAUUGAAGUGUCAAAUUUUAUCCUCAAAGUAAAUCAAAUUUGAUAUU